CAUUUGUUGGACUUUUGGAGAGUAGAUUUUAAUUAAGCCAGACUUAAACCCUAAUCUGAACAAGAAACAUAAGAGGACAUAGAAAUCAAACUGACCUAGAUAAGAUAUGCUGGAGCAAUGAGAGUAAACACAUUUCACUGAUUGCAACUGAAGUGCUGGUUGUCAGGUCAAAAGUCAAAUUUAAAGGUAUAGUGACUCAGUGUUUCUGUCAUGUCUGCCCAGAAAUUAAAAGGUAUAAUAAGUAAAAAGCAAAUAGCCUUACUACGGUGGCCGAGAACCGCCACUGCUUCAAAUAAAAAAGAAUGCAAAAAAAAAAAAGAAGUCACAAUGAAAGUUACUGAUGAAAAAAAAAGAAACUGAAGUCGGCUGCAAAUAAAAAAAGAAACAGUGCAGAUUUUUAAAAAAGCCACAACGGAAGUUAAUGAUACAAAAAAAGAGGUGUUGCAAAAAUAAAGUUAUUUACUAGAUAAAACUAGAUUGUAAAACCCUGGUGCGUCAUCAUUAUUGGCCCCCGGCAGCUCACUUCCAUUGUGACUUUUUUAAAGAUUUGGAUCCUUUUAUUUUUGUUUUAUUUAAGUUGUGUUUUUUUUUUUUUCGUGUUUUUGCAUCGCCACUUUUUUUUUGCAUUGUUGACUUCCCUUGUGGCUUUUUUUAAUCUUCACCAUUUCUUUUUUUAUUUGCAAUGGGCUUUGUUUCUUUUUUUUGCAUCAGUAACUUCUGUUGCGGUUUCUUUUUUUGCAGUCUUUUUUAUUUGCAGCAGUGGUGGUUCUCGGCCACUGUACCUAACGGAUGGUGUGUUCAAUGUUACUCAUACCUCAUUUGAAAAGCUGUACAAUGCAUAUAAAACUAAAAUGAGAGAAACAACAACAAAAAAGUUAACUGUCUACUUUCAAGACUAAGUAAAUCAGUAAAAAUGUGGCAAGAAAGCUAGGGUAUAAUCAUGUGGAGGGCUAGUGACUAAAAAUAGACCUCUACUGCAGCUUCAGACAGUUCGAACCAUAAAAUAUGGGGAGAAUAUUUGACAGUUGCUAUAUCACUUUUAUAUCAUUAAAUACAUGUUCCUAUUAGGGCCUACCCUCCCAGCAUUACGCACCUUGCGUACAACCUGCCAGAAUUUUUUUUAGAAGAAGAAAAAGAAGUCGACCCUAAAUGCAAAUUCCAAUAAGCAAAAGUAAAGCCAAAUCAUUCAUUACAAAAUACGCACAAUCUACAGGGCAGGAACAUCAGAAUAUCAGCGAUACAGGAAGACACCAAUACAAUAUUCAGCAACAGGUUGAAGAUGAAAGGAAAACAUUCACCAUUCGAAAAGAAGAAAGCAUAAUCACACGACUCAGAAUAGGACACAGAGGAUUAAACCGCACACUCUAUGAUAGGCAAACACCCAACAGGACUGUGUUCUGACUGCAAUAAACCAGAAACACUACAACAUUGUAUUAUGGACUGCAACCUAUAUUCACAGGAGAGAGAAAGAUUUAGGGAUUCACUCAAAGAGAAGUAUAUAAGCUUUACACUAGAAAGCAUACUUGGAGCAAAGUUACAGCAGGCAAACAAAUUGAUUCUAUUCUUUCUUAAAGAGAGAAAUUUAUUUCACAGAAUUUAAAUACAACUGCCUAAAUCCAGAACCACACUCCAGUUCAGUAGUUGGCGUAGUAAUGCACCUUUUAGCUGGUUUGCCAACCGCCAAAAAGAAAAAGAAAAAGAAGACGUGUACCCUCCCGCCAUGAUAGGUGGCGAAAACAAGCUCCAGUUGCAGUAAAUGAGUCGUAGAAGAAGAAAAUAGAAGUCUACGCAGGUGUUUACGUUUUCGUACUUCCGUAGCCACACAGAGCGGAGUAACAUUAUCCACCUACCACUGAAUCCAAGAAUUUGUGGGGAGAUACUCGAUCAUGUUUCACGUUUCUUUCAAAAGCAUUGGCGAUGCUUGACAGAUAAAUAUCGAUUAAUUCGUUUGCCGCCCAUCGUAGACGUUGUAUCGCGAGUCUCCCUAAUCAUUCAUCGUAAGCUAAGCUAAAGCUAAAGCUGGCGGUGUGAUAGCUGCGGGUCAGCGGCAUUGGCUAUAACUUAACAACUCGUCGCCUGAUCUGCAUUUAGUCCAGAGUUAAUUUCGAUCUGUAACAAAGGCAGUCAUGGCCACUAGGCGACUGACCGAUGCCUUCUUGUUAAUGCGGAACAAUGCAAUCCAAAACCGGCAGAUAUUGGCUGAGCAAGUGAGUACAUACGACCCCCGUCUGAGUACACGUAGCAAUGCUGCGGUGAGUGGUCUGCAUCGUUUUGACAUUUUAAUGUGUGUGUUUGCAUUUAGCCAGUGUUAGCUAGAUACAAGUGUGUUUUUAAGUAGCUGCUAGACUCGAAUGAGGAGAGGUAGUGUUUGCUGCUCGGAUUAACUCCAUAACAGGGCUGAUAAAUGUGAGGCAGGGAGGUGAUGGAGGAGGAGGAUGGAGAAGGGUGUGCAGCCAUAUUUUUUUUCACUAAAUGAAUAACAACAAAGCAAUGAAGGAACAAUAGUUUGCUAAAUAUCAAUUUGCAUGUCCUGUUUUCUCAAUUAGAUACAACUGGUUUUGUUAAAUGAAAUAGUCAUAAAGUCAGUGGGGGUUGUCAAAGUUAAGGCAUGAAUUUUUUUAUUUCCAGGUACUUUCCCCUUCUAGUUUAACGAUGUGCUGUGGCGUAAAUGUAGCAACUAAGUCUAGACCAGAUCAAAUUUUGUUUGUAGCUUGUGAUUAAUUGUUUCUCUGCAAUCCAACUGGUUUUGCACUGUAGCCCAACUAGUAAAGCCUCUGUUUGUCACAGAAAGUACAAAUUACAGUUUAGAUAGGUAAACAUGUUCCCCUGUCAGCCAGAAACACCAAUGUACCUUGUGUUGGGUUAUCUCUAAUGAAGCCAUUAAGACAAGUAGGAAUGCAACUUUCCUGUGCAACUUGGAGUUCUGCCUUAGCAUCUCAGACUGAUUGCAUCUCCAUUAAGAAAUGAUCAUAAAUGUUCUUCCUUGAGCUGCGUCCCCCCACUGUAGUCCAUAAUGGACUGGCCUGAGGUCUCGCAAUGUCUAACUUGGUGUUAUGGUGUGUUUGACCCUAAAUUAAUUUUAAGCCAAAAUAUCUCUUUAAUGCCUGAUGCAAAAAUUAGGAAUUUCAUUUGAUCAUUUUCGAUUCCCUGGAAUCACAACUUCACUCAACUGGAUAACAGCUACUUUUUAGUGUGAAAGAUAACAUCUUGCACAGGACGUUCCACCAAAAAAUGAUCAGCAGGGCUGUCUGGUAGGCCAGAUGAUUUUUAUUUGCCUCUGCAUGAUUAGGUUAGUGUUGGGGCAGACACAGUUGCAGCAGAUGGGAUCACAACAAAUAAUUUACCUCCAGGAAUUUGUAAAGGAUAGAUUCACUCCAAAAUUAAAACUGUGUUAUCAGUUAUUCCAUCUUAAGAUUUACAGUUUGCAAAAUCCAAAACUAGAAAAUAGUUUACUGGGAAUAAUUUAUUAAUUAAUCACUCUGACUCGUUUGGAAAGCUUGAGCAUCAGCUGUGUAGUCAUAGGAGUUCACUUUUUGUCUCUUGUAAGGGAGACCAGGUGCAGGAUGCAGCGCACACCGAGCAGGUGGAGGGUGUUUGUGACCAUUCACCCAGUUGGAAACGAGUCUAUUCAUUGAUGUUGUCUUUUAAUCUUGCUCAGCACACUCACAUGCAUUCACAUUUGAAAGAUGUCACUUUGUGUUAAGCUGUUUCUUAGUUUUCCUACAAUACUGUUGAUUUCUGCAAGAAGCCGAGCAAACGAUGUCUUCUUCUUGAUUUCAGGAUUUCUUCCUCUGAUAAACUUCUCUGGGAAAUGCAGAUCUUUCAGUGGCACAGACAGAUUAAAACACUAUAAUUGCCACGUGUAUGGCCUGUUCCAUACAGUACCUGUUGAUGCAUCUCUGCGAGUGAUGGGGUCGCAGUCAUUACAGGAGAGUUAGCAUCUCCUGUGUGGCAAAGGGAAACAAAUUUUGUGGCCUUGGUUUUCACAGCUGAGAAUAUUAGGCAGAAAGUAAAUUAAGCCCAACAGUGCAGCUGUUGUGUUGUGUUGUGCUAACAACCUGCUCAAACAUUGUCUGCUAUUUGCCCUACUAAACAGAGGACCUAUUCAUAGCUCAUUCACCUGCAGUUUCACCAGAGCAUCAUCAGUUGACUCAGCUUUUCAAUUCCAGCUUCAUAUGGUCAUCUGUAUCAGAGCAUAUAUUGAGUGGAUUUGUCCGUCAGACCUGCAUCCUACUGCUGAGUUUGUUCUAAGCUGUCAGCGGCCAUCUAAAAAUAAAUUUCCUUUAGCAAAGGACAGUGUAUUCUUUGAAAGAACUGUCAUAUCUUAGUAAAUCUAUUUUUGCAGGUGGACUCUUAUUAAGAUCAGUACACACUUGAAAAAAAAAAUCAUCCCUCAGGUUGUGACAUUUUGUAGCUUAAAAGCAAACGUUAAAUGUGACGUGCAUAUUUGUCCACAUCUUUAUGUCUUGUUUUUCUUACACAGAGUUUUUAAGUAUUUUUGUUCCUGUUGUCUGCAUGUCAGGUUCUACUAUAAAUGCUAAAAAGCAAUGUUCAUUUUAAUAUCCUCUUACCAUAAACCUGUGCUUCAGAGGAAAAUUUGGUCUACUAAUGUUGAAAAUGUAUAUGAACUGAAAAUUAAUGAAUAUUUUCAGAGCUGUAAAAAAUUUUCAUCAUAAGUGGGUUGUUGUAGUUGUUCACUCUGAUUUCAUUUACAGCAGAGUAGUUAUGAUGUGUCUUUCUAUCCGAUAUAUUUUCAUUCUUUUAAAGGAAGUGACUCAGACAAAUGUCUGUCUUCCAUAAGAAGACACAGUCAGUGUUCUGAAUCGGCCGUAUGCUCUGGUUUGACUGACUGUAUUUUAACAGACAGCAGCAAGAAAGACCUUUAAAUGCUGAAACAAGAAACACACACAAGCUUAAAAAUUACCCAAACUCUGUCCGGUUAAUAAGUGCAGAUGUUGGAAAGUGAAUACUAGCAGUAUAUGCCUUUUGAAUUCCCCCUCACCUCAUAACUUCAAGCUUCUUUAAAUCAUCUGUACACUUCUGUUUCUUUGUUUAACUUUGAAGUAUCUGGACCACUUCUGCACCCUCUUUGCUCACUGCUCCUUACUUUACUUGAAUAUUGUCUGUCUGUACUGUCUUUUCUUCAAAUAAUUAUUUUUAUUUCUAAGUAGAUUCAACUGCAAAUUAAGUGCAAAUGAAAUACUCACAGAAAACAGGGUUUUACAUUUUUGUUUUGCCUCUGCUCUAAAGUUCUACUCAUAACCAUGUCAAAUAGUUUGUGGGACUGAAUCACAGAAACAGUUUAUUUUGGUAGUGCUGAUUCUCUGGGCCUCAUUCUCUGUUACUUCUGUCUUUCUUUCCUUUUCUUUGUCCUCUGUUGGAUGGGAACUCUCUGCUAUCUGCCAAUCAAAUUAGGAGCUUGAUGAGGUACUGCUGUUUAUCUUUGUGGUACUCUUAUUUAGCAUGGAUAAAGUAUGUCACCAUUAUACUAAGUUGCCAUUAAAAAUGUUUUAACGAAAUGAUUUGUUUUAAAGUUGGCUGAUGACCGCAUGGCCUUGGUGUCUGGGAUUAGUUUGGAUCCUGAAGCUGCCAUUGGAGUCACCAAGAAACUGCCCCCUAAAUGGAUAGAGGGAGUAGAUGAGGUAACAAACACUUACACUCUUGGCUGUAAAAUCUACCUGACCUGUGAAUAAUCCCUGCAUGACAGACCCAAAGCCAACAUUUGCAUUCGUUUUAAAUCCUCUUAUCUUUAACUUUUAAGCUUUUCUGUCUCAGCCAUGUAACUUCUGCACAGGAUGUGACUUUCUGUUGUCAUGCAUUUUCAUCUAGAUUCAGUAUGAAAUCACACGGGUUCGGCAGAAAAUGAAGGAAUUGGCAGUACUUCAUGACAAACACAUGAAUCGUCCUACGCUUGAUGACAGCAGUGAGGAGGAGCAUGCAAUAGAAAUCACUACUCAAGAGAUAACACAGGUACAGGAUACAUUAAUGAGCAGAUAAAGGGCAUUGUGGAGAAUUCAUUGUUUAUCCUCUAGAGACACAUCCAGCUGUAUUUCCCGUUAAAGUUUAAGUGAAACUAGAAGCUUGUAUCUGCUUGCUCAUGUUAUUUAUCAUCGUCGUAGAUGUUUCAUCGUUGCCAACGAGCAGUGACAGGUCUGCAGUCUCGUUGUGGUCACUGCACAGAGCAGGAAGAGAGGCUUUUAAGAAAUGUGGUCUCAUCGCUGGCACAGAGUCUGCAGGAACUGUCCACCAAUUUCAGACACACACAGUCCAGCUACCUAAAACGUAAGAGCGACAAACUUGGCAAAGAUGAUUCCUUGCAUCGGUGUCAUCAAGAUUGUUGCUCAUACUGUCUGUCUCUUUUAUUUUUUACUUUUCCCCCAUGUCAUCUGAGAAUUUGAGUAUUUUUUACGUUGCAGGUAUGAAGAAUCGUGAAGAGAGAUCAAAGCACUUUUUUGACUCUGGGCCCCUGAUGGAAGAAGAUGAAGAUUUAGCUGUUUAUGCCAAGGUGACUGAUUUAAUGUCAAAGUUAAUUUUAAAAGUUUAAUUUAUACUUUUAUUUGCUUCUAAGAUUGUAUAUAACUUAACUUAUUGUUGAUAUUUCUCAAAGAAUUUUGAGCCAAACUGUUUUGUUUAUUUGUCUUUUGAGGAAUCUGUCGUAAACAUGAUGCUAAGAUAGUUUGACACCUUACCCCCCCUUACAGUUUAUGCAACCAACAAAAAAUAGCAAUCCAACACAGGUUGACUAUCUUUAUUUCUCUGUAACAAUUGAGAAGUUCAAAAUCUUCUAAGUUUUGCCUGUUUUCAGAUUUUUUUACAUAAACAGAGGUCUCUGAGCACUAUCUGCAGAGUCUACAUGCAGCCUGUUGUUGCAUGUUGAGGUUAAGAUUUUAUCACUUUAACAUCAGCAACUUUUUUUUUUCUUUCCUUCCUCUCAGGGGUUCACGGAAGACCAGCUAAUGCUGGUGGAAGAGAACACAGUCAUGGUUGAGGAACGAGAGAGGGAGAUUCGUCAAAUAGUUCAGUCUAUCUCAGAUCUGAAUGAAAUUUUCCGAGAUUUGGCUGAAAUGGUGGUUGAACAGGUAUUUAAAUCACUCCUUCCCUGCGCAUGUAGUGAAAAUUAAAAGAUUUCCAUAUAUGCUCUGAUUCCUGUCACUGUGGCACUGCUUUAAAUUACCCAAAUGAGUUUAAAAACAUCAUCAUUACUUUUAAAAUUAGAUUUCCUCAAUAAACAAAGCUGAAAUCUACAAAUGUAAGCCUCCAUCCCAAAACUAAAUGGAUCUUCUUUUUUUUAAGGGCACAGUCCUCGACAGAAUUGACUUCAAUGUGGAACAGGCUUGUGUUAAAACAGAGGAUGGACUCAAACAGUUACAAAAGGUAAACACACACAUUUCUCGACAGGGUUACACUCUUGCAAUUCAAAAGUCUUUUCAUUCAGAUAAGUUACGCUCUUGAUGUUUUACCUUUGCUCAUUAAAAGAAAUGCGCUCGGUGACUGUAAUGAUUUUCUCUUUUCUUUGCAGGCUGAACAGUAUCAGAAGAAAAACCGAAAGAUGCUGGUCAUUUUGAUCCUAUUUGUCAUUGUAGUUGUUCUAAUUAUUAUUCUUUUUGGAACAAAGUUUUAAUGAUGCAUUCCUCUGGCUUUUGUUUGUCUGUGUGGGUGUUUGUUGUGCAUCUGUGUUGACUUGGACUUGGUCUCAGUUCUGCUGAAAACAAAGCUGACUGCCUUUAAUACCCACUAGGAAACAAAGACAAAGAAAUCAUCUCUUUGCUGGUGCACUUUGGUCUGUGCGAAAAGUCCUCAGUGAUUUGUUGACAUGAAAGAAGUAAUUAUCAGUCUGAGCUAUAUGAUGUUUUAUCAAGUGAAACACACCAAUCUGCAAAGACUCUGUGACGGAAGUUUAUCAAACAGGAGUGUGUUCAAGUAUGUGUCUUAACUUAAGAAAAUGUUUUGUAGUGUGUAAAAAUGGACUCAACAUGUUUCAAUGCAGAAGCAGAAGUCCUCUUGAACUCAAAGCACCAUUUAUUGUCUGAUAUCAUGGCAUACAUUUUGUUUAUAUGAGGAAUAUUUGACAAAAUAUAAUGUUUGUAAAGAGAAAUAUGCAUCUCAACAUAACAUUUAUGUCCUGGGUCAGUAUUUUACCUUAAGAUACUAACAUUUUUCAUUAGGACAGUACAGAUAGAAAUGGAAUAGUCAUUUAUAACCAAGUAUAUUCCUUCAACUUAAGGACCACUUUUCUUUGAAGAUUUUAUUCCACAAUGUAUUGAUUGAUGUAACUCCACUGUUGGCCCGAGGAGUUUGUGGUCGGUCAUCUAUUGAAUCAUUCAAAACAAUGUCACUCCUGCUGCACUCUCCAUCAAGUGCUCCUUGUUAAAAACACUUAAUCGACUUGUUUUACAUGGUCCUCGCAUAAAGUGCUACCUUUUUUAAACUCUUGCAGUUUGCACAUGAAGGCCUGAGGGGUAGUGGCUGUGUUAUGGAUGUAAUACUACUGUCAUCAUAUGAUGAGAAGAUUUAUUUAUUUUUUUAAUAAUGUCAAAAAAUCAAGAAGGUUCAGAUUCACCCGUCUUGGGCAGAAUUACUGUAAAAUGGUUAAAGAGUGUCUGUCGUCCAAACUUAACAGUAACUGUCCUUUCCACUGAAAAAAACUGUGAUAUUGACCAACACAAGCAGACACUAAGAUCUUUUUGUUUUUCAGACUGGACACAUGACAUCGAAGUCUGCUGCAUUGGAAAUUCUUGAUAUGUUGUUGUGCUCUAUAAAGACUGAUAAAAUGAAAUGAUGAAGAGCUUUCUAAACAUAUCCAUACUCAAAUCUACACUUUAUACUCUCGUUAAAUCAUCUUUGUCAUUGAUGUGAAUUUGUGUGUGUGUUUGUCCCAGUGGUACACUUCAGAGUUUUGUUUUCAAAACAAAAUGGAUGAGGAUACAGCUUCUUCUUUUCUUUUUUUUUAAUAAACCCGGAACAUGAUGUGGC